AUGGGUUGGCUGGCCGUGGACGAGCUGCUCGAGCAGGAGCGGCAGAUCCGCUCAGCGAUGGCUAGUCGAGCCGGGGUCUUGCCUCUCCUCCUCCAUUCGACGUUUGACCAUCAGAUGGCUGCCAAAGCGCAGCAGCUGGCCCAGCAGCCAGAGAACAAUACCGGCAGCAGCACGUUGCCAUCGUGA